UCUUGGUCUCUCUCUCUCCCUCUCUCUCUUCUAUCUCUCUCUCUCCCUCCCCUUCUAUUUCUCUCUCUUUCUCUCUGUCUCUCUUUUAUGAAAUCAAUGAACGAGUUAUUGGGUAGGACAUAAGUAUAAGGAAUCAAAGCCUCCACCGGGACCAACGGCAUUGCGCGCUUUUGAUAUGCGUCUUCGCCAAAUGCUACAUGUGUUUUCACAUCAAUGUAAAUAUUGGCUUUGAUAGGACGAGAGCGGAAUCAGCUCUGGCACGGCUUGGUCUCGGAACCAAAUUUUGACCAAGACUUCCACCAGCUUUUUUUCAACGUAAAACGAUUCUUCAUCAUCACCAUCUGCUGCUGUUGUACCCAUCCCAACUCACUGGCCGGUCCGAAGAUGGCAACUUUAACCAACGGGCAGGUGGACGGCGCGUUGCACGGUGUCGGUGUCGGUGUGGUCUCCGCCAGCACGAACGGGCUCGUGAACGGAUUAAGCCACAGCCACAGCCCGGCGGGCUGCCCGGCCACCAUCCCCAUGAAGGACCACGAUGCCAUCAAACUCUUCAUCGGUCAGAUCCCCCGCAACCUGGAUGAGAAGGACCUCCGGCCCCUCUUCGAGGAGUUCGGCAAGAUCUACGAGCUCACUGUGCUCAAGGACCGCUUCACAGGCAUGCACAAAGGCUGUGCCUUCCUCACCUACUGUGCCAGAGAGUCGGCCCUGAAAGCCCAGAAUGCACUGCACGAGCAGAAGACCCUGCCAGGGAUGAACAGACCUAUCCAGGUGAAGCCAGCAGACAGUGAGAGUCGAGGAGAAGACAGAAAGCUUUUUGUGGGUAUGCUCAACAAGCAACAGUCAGAAGAUGACGUGCGGCGCCUUUUCGAGUCCUUCGGCAGCAUCGAGGAAUGCACCAUCCUCAGAGGUCCCGAUGGAAACAGCAAAGGCUGUGCAUUUGUAAAAUAUUCUUCUCAUGCUGAAGCUCAGGCAGCCAUCAGUGCACUACACGGCAGCCAGACAAUGCCUGGUGCCUCAUCCAGUCUGGUGGUGAAGUUUGCCGACACGGAUAAGGAGCGCACCAUCCGCCGCAUGCAACAGAUGGCUGGUCAGAUGGGCAUCUUCAACCCUAUGGCCCUGCAGUUUGGAGCCUACGGAGCCUACGCUCAGGUGCAGCAGCAGGCGGCGUUGAUGGCGUCCGUAGGCCAGGGGGGCUACCUCAGUCCAAUGGCGGCCUUUGCUGCUGCCCAGAUGCAGCACAUGGCCACAAUCAAUGGCAUCCCAGGAGCACCGCUGACCCCCACGUCAGGUGGCAGCACUCCUCCAGGCAUCAGCGCCCCCACAGUGACCAGCAUCCCUUCCCCCAUUAGUGUAAAUGGUUUUACUGGCAUGCCGCCCCCGCAGGCAAAUGGACAGCCCCCUGCAGAGGCUGUCUUCACCAACGGGAUACACCAUUACCCUGUGUUGCAGGAGGUGGUUUUUAGGGAGGACUCGGAGAAAAACGGCUUGGGCGUGGCUCCGCGGAGUUGUUUUGGGGUUCAGGGUGGCUGCUUCCUCUCUUCUCUUUCUGAAGCUCAAAGUCCCACUGCAGCUGAUCCUCUCCAGCAGGCUUACACAGGAGUCCAGCAGUAUGCAGCAGCCUACCCUGCUGCAUAUGGCCAGAUCAGCCAAGCCUUCCCCCACCCUCCGCCCAUCAUCCCACAGCAGCAACGAGAAGGACCAGAGGGUUGUAACCUGUUCAUCUACCACCUCCCUCAGGAGUUUGGGGAUGGAGAACUGAUGCAGAUGUUCCUGCCUUUCGGUAAUGUCAUCUCCUCCAAAGUGUUUGUGGAUCGGGCGACAAACCAAAGUAAAUGCUUUGGAUUUGUGAGCUUCGAUAACCCAGGUAGUGCCCAGGCUGCUAUCCAGUCGAUGAACGGCUUCCAGAUCGGCAUGAAAAGACUCAAGGUGCAGCUGAAGAGGCCAAAAGACGCCAACCGCCCCUACUAGCCCCCGCCCCAACCAGCCGCUGCCAUCCCGGCGGUCGGGGCAGCCGUCGCACACAGGGAAAGACAGGUUUUGUUAAGCUGAAUCAUAUGUUGACUACUUGCUACCCGCCACUGAGUGCAAACUCAACAUCUGGACCACUGAGGCUGCUUCAGAAACAGAGGAGAGAGAGAGAGAGCGAUGACCCGAGUCAAGGACAC